AUGAGGCGGUGCGCACCGUGCUUGUCUUCUUUUCAACGCCUCCCUUUCGGGCGUCGUUCGACCGCUGGGGGCAUCAACCUCAAUCGGGGCCUCUUGAGUGAUAAGGAGCGGGGAGACCCGUUCACGGACCCAACGGUGUAUCGCAGCAGGAAGAGCAUUGCGGCCAUGGACAAGGUCUCACGCAAGACGGAGCGCCUUCGCAGGGAAGAGAAGCAGAGGGAGGAAAUGAAUGCAUUGGGCGUUGACUCACGGAUGGAGAGAGAAUUGGCUAGCGGUGCCGCGCAGCCGCUGCAGCAGGAGGCCAUCGCUGCCGCCCGUGUGAUGGAUGAAGAGGGAAUAACUUCGUCUGCGCCGGGCGGCGAAUACACGACGGCGCUGCGACGCUUGAUGGAGAGGGAAGUAGACCGCCGGGAUCACAUGAUGGAUAAGUUCGGUCAGCCACCGACGGCCAAAGAAUAUCAUCGCUUGUUCACACAGCUGCGACGCGCAGACGAUGAGGCGGAGGCCAUUGAACGACACCAAAUGCGUCUAGUAGAGGAGUACGGGAUAUAUCCCUCCAUGCGUCUGGAUGCCUAUAUGCUGGAUGAUGACACGCAUUUUCCGGACUGGGUGAAUGCGUUGCCGUACAGUAUACGAGAUCGCGUGAAGUACGGGUCAUUGGGGCUCACCGAGGAGGAUGAGGCUCUUCGUGUGACACUGGGUCGCAUGCCGUUGGAUAGGCGGCGACAAGAGUGGGAGAGGCAAAGGAAGGCGAGGGAGUACAAGGCGGCAAAGGAGGAGACGUUAACAUUGGCAGAAUUGCGAGAUGCUCGACAAGGCAAGCGACGGUUUCACUGGCUGCAACGAAAGCGUCAAAAGCGGGCGUCAAUGCUGCGACGACUCGCAUUGCGCAAACCAGAUGCAUAUGAGUUGUGGCCUUCAAGUGUGGUGGACUAUAGUCAGCGCAUUGCUUUUAUUGCGCAGCACGUGGAAAAUGGCGUGGACACAAAGGGGCAGUGGCCCUUGGACCCGGAGGAGCUGGCACGUGCUCGGGUGCGGCGCAGCCAGGAGGAGGCCGAGCGCACGUUCCUGUUGAACGCGGAGGAAAAGAGGGCGCUCAAGCGGACAACGAAGGGCGGCAGCAGCAGCAACAACGGCAUUAUGCAAAUGCUUCGUGCGUUGGACUCACCAGAGAAACCUUUUAAGCGUGUUUCUCGUAAGGUCUACGCCAACCGUGUGAACGCCAUUGUGCAUGGCGAUCAGGAUGAGUAUGGACGCAAGUAUCGUAAAAUGGAAAGCCGCGCCAAGCGUCGGAUGCGGCCGUACGAGUCACUGGGGGAGAUUGCACUCUCAAAGGAGGUGCGGAAGGAGCCACGUGUUUACUCGAACGGUCUGAACCACACCGAUGACGAACACUGGCCGAAGCACACCAAAUCUUGGGCGGAUGGCAUGCCUUCCACACGCUACGCCGCUUGA